GAGUAAUUUCUUAGUAAAAGAUAAGACAAUAAACGAUUGAUUCAUUGGUUGAGUCAAGUGAACACAAUUUGUUCUUGUCGUCAAUCGUAUGCACCGAAAAAAAAACCGUGAUUUUGCUAUCAAAUCGAUAGAUCAUUAUAAUUGCAUCGGCUAGACAAUCGUUAAACUGAUUAGAUACAAGACAGAGUAUUCACACGUGUGGCGUUCGUAUGGGCAUUUUUCUUCUCUUUUUUCAUCGGUUGGUUCGGUGAUUGGUUGUGGCUGUAUAUUUGUGUGUAAGUGUGCGUGCGUGUGAGUGUGCACGUAUCUCUUGCUCUCUGUCUCACCCAACUGCAAUCCAAGCGUUUAAAUAAGAAACUCGACAGCUCAAAAAGAAAUCGGUGGCCUGGUAUUUGUACGAGUGUGUAUGAUUAACAGUCGCGCAUGUAUAUAAAUUCAUGCAUUUCUGUCAUAGAAACUCUUUGAGUCCAAAACGGUGUUUGUGUCAAGUACAUCGAGUUAGUUCGAUUUGGAUUCUUUUACGUGAACUUCCUAAAAAAAAUUUGUGCUCCCGCAGUUGGCAGCUGAAGAAAAGAAAAAACAAAUAAUUGCAACUGAUUUGUGUGCUACAUUAACGCAAAUUUAAUUACAAACGACAAAUUGUUUUAAUUUUUUUUCACUUUUCGUUAAAUGAAAAUCGAACAUUUUUUUUCUGACAUUUUUGCAUUAACAGGAAAAAAACGAAGUAAGAAGGAGAAGAAAAUAACUACAGUAAAACAAUGAACUAAACUCAAUCGACGUAAAACGAAAAGAGUGAAAUAUAUGUACGAAAUCGCGAAAUCUCAGCGAAUAAGUGAAAGUGAAGAUUACCUCACGACGUACAACUAUACACGGCUACUGUAUGUGCUCGAUAAAGAAAUUUUUUAUUUUUCAUGGUUUUCGAACAUACGCGAAGUUCAUGUCUGAUAAACAAAUCAAAUUAGUGCUAUUUAGAUUGUAUUGAAAAUUGCAGAGCUACGAACGAAUGCACGAACAAACAAACAAAACAGAAAUUGUUUUCUGGCAAAAAAUUUUUUUUUCUGAGCACAAUCUACUAAGCAGAGCACACAACUGGACUAAUCAAUCAUCGCGGAAAAAAAAUAGAAAUCAGGCCUAUUUUCGUGAAGUUCGUAUGUGGUGUUUCCGAUAAAUGAACAAAGCAGACGAUUUUUUGUUGGACUCAUUGAGAAAUUAAAGAGAAAGUGAAAGUUAUCUGUGUGUGUUUAAGCAUAUAGACACAAUCCGCAUUACAUAAUAUACUUCGAGAUAUAAAACAUAAUCUUUUUUUUAUCUUCGUUCGGAUCGCUUUUCGAAUUCAUUCAAAGCAUAAGAUAUAAAAUAUAAAAGAGAGAAAAAACAUCAAAUAUAUAAAGCAAAGUGGUAUUUUUCGUAUAAUAGAGUAACACUUUGCCGAACACACACAUUAUAUAAACGACUUUGGAUUUCAAAACCAGAUUUUUAAGCAAACCUAUCAUCCGACCGGGUAAUUGAAGUGCAAACUAUUCAGUGAUAUUGACAUUUUUUCUUUCGGUUGGUUUUCCAAGAAUUUGGUUUUAUUUGUCGUUUGCUGGAUUUUUGGAUAAUUUGCUGGCACUUUGGAAGGCAGUUCGAUCAAGUGUACCUUAACAACAACAACAACAAAGACAAGAUGACAUCGCAACUGUUUCGAGCUCAUGGGAAAUUUUGUGCAUCACAUCCGUGGGAAGUAAUCGUUGCGCUACUGACAUUAACGGCAUGCAUGCUAACGGUUGAUCAUAGCAAAACUUCAACACCGUCACGGUUACGCAACUGUCAAGGUUGGCGAGAAAAAUGUGAUGGUCUCGAAGCGGAAUACAUUGCAGUCGACACGAUUUUGAUGACCGUAAUUCGAUGCUCGGCCAUCCUUUACAGCUAUUAUCAAUUUUUGAAUUUAAAUAAGUUCGGUUCCAAAUACAUUCUAAUCAUUGCCGGAUUGUUCACCGUUUUUUCGAGCUUUAUCUUUACAUCGACGAUAAUUAAUUUCUUGGGCAGCGAAGUAUCGGAUUUAAAAGAUGCCCUGUUUUUCUUUUUGCUAUUGAUUGAUUUAUCGAAGGCGGGCAUAUUAGCACAGCUGGCUUUGAGCGGUGCAUCACAAUCCGAAGUCAUUGAAAAUAUUUCACGUGGCAUGGAAAUAUUGGGGCCAGCAUUAUCAUUAGACUCGAUUGUUGAAACGCUCGUAAUUAGCGUUGGCACACUAUCGGGCGUGUAUCGGUUGGAAAACCUAAGCAGUUUUGCAAUUAUGUCGGUGAUCGUUAACUAUGUUGUAUUCAUGACAUUCUAUCCGGCCUGUUUGUCAUUGAUGAUGGAUUUGUGGAAGAGCGGUGUUGACAUGAGCCGUGCCCAGGAAAAACUCAAAGAUUCCAAAUUGAUUGGUGCAAUUUUCGAAGACGACCAAAAACCGAACCCAGUUGCACAGCGCCUGAAAAUUAUCAUGUCGACCGGAUUGAUGAUUGUUCACCUGUGCAGCCGUUUUGUCUUCUCAAACCAUGACACCAUGCAAUCGACCGAUACGUAUGAAGUGGAUUCGUUGAACUUUAUGGCCUCCAAUUCAACUGAUAAGAUUGGCAUUUCGGAGCACAUUAUGAAGUGGCUUAAAGUGAGCUCCGAUCAAAUCAUUAUCUUGAUCUUAUUGACGGCUUUGUUGGUGAAAUUUAUCUUCUUCGAAGAACGCAUCGAACUGACAAAUCAAUUGAAUCGAACAACGAAAAGCUAUUCACAAACGAUGACCACAUCAAAUACAAAUGCUGCCGCCACUGCCACAACCACCACCAACACCGAAAUAUCACCAGUGAGCAAGAGCACAUUAAUGGUGCACCAGUUCACUCAAACAGAAAACGCACAAAAGAACCGAACAAUCAGCACACAUUCGAUUAACAGCGAUUCGGAGGAAAGUGAUGACGAAGAUAUUUCAAUCAAACCACGAUCGAUCGACGAAUGCUUAGAAAUGAUGAGCACACACGGUGGCAGCCAACUCACCGAUUCCGAAUUGAUAGCAUUGAUUAAGGCUGGAAGCGGUCAUUGUCCAUUGUAUAAAAUCGAAUCAAUCUGCGAUAAUCCGACACGUGGUGUCAAAAUUCGCCGCAAGGUCAUUGCCGACAACGCUAAUCUACCUCUAGAAAAACUAAACAAUUUGCCCUACAAACACUUUGACUACACCAAGGUGAUGAAUGUUUGCUGUGAAAACGUGAUGGGCUACGUUCAAAUACCGGUUGGUUAUGCGGGUCCUCUAACGUUGGACGGUCAUCGAUAUUAUGUUCCGAUGGCCACCACCGAAGGUGCAUUGGUCGCAAGUACAAAUCGAGGAUGCAAAGUGAUUUCCAUUCAUGGUGUAACCAGUUAUGUUGAAGAUAUUGGUAUGACGCGUGCACCAUGCGUUCGAUUCCCCAAUGUAUACCGUGCAUCGGUGGCCAAACAAUGGAUUGACGCACCGGAAAAUUUCCAACGCAUUAAAAUCGCUUUCGAUUCGACGAGUCGAUUUGCUCGCCUCCAAGAAAUCCUCAUCAAUAUUGACGGACCACAGUUGUACGUGCGUUUCCGUGCAUUGACUGGCGACGCAAUGGGCAUGAAUAUGGUAUCGAAAGGUUGUGAAAUGGCAUUGCGUUACAUCAAAAAUGCAUUCCCCGACAUGAUAAUCAUUAGUUUGAGUGGUAAUUUCUGUUCGGACAAAAAACCAGCCGCAAUCAAUUGGAUCAAAGGUCGCGGCAAACGUGUUGUCUGCGAAUCAAUUGUGUCGGCCAACGAUUUGAGAAAGAUUCUGAAAACGGAUGCCAAAACCUUGGUGCAAUGCAAUAAAUUGAAGAAUAUGGCCGGAUCGGCGAUGGCCGGCAGCAUUGGCGGUAAUAAUGCGCAUGCAGCCAAUAUGGUGACAGCAAUUUUCAUUGCCUGUGGUCAAGAUCCUGCACAAAAUGUAACGAGCAGCAACUGUUCGACGAGCAUGGAAACGUGCGGUGAUGAUAAUGAAGAUUUGUACCUAACGUGCACAAUGCCUUCAUUAGAAGUCGGAACAGUUGGCGGCGGAACUGGUUUACCGGGUCAAAGUGCAUGUUUGGAUAUGUUGGGCAUUCGAGGAGCACAUCCAACAACACCUGCGAACAACUCAAAAACACUCGCCAAAGUUGUGUGUGCCACCGUGAUGGCUGGUGAAUUAUCACUAAUGGCUGCCCUAGUAAAUUCUGACCUCGUUCAAAGUCAUAUGAAGCAUAAUCGAACGUCGGUUGCAUCAACGAUGAAUCAAAUGGCAAAUAGCAAUAGCAACAGUAAUAGCAAUUCAUCAACGAGCACAGCAACAGCGUCCACAUCGCCGUCGUCGUCGUCAAGCGCUUAGUAACAUAAAAUAAAUCGUAAUCGAAUAGUUAUUCAAAACCUGUAUUCAAAUUUUACACAUAAAUAAAUUGUAAAGCCAUUUUGUUAUUUAAUUAAAGAAAAAAAAUAUGUAUUCUAAAGCGUUCUUUCUUCCCAGCGAAGAAAUAAACCAGCUUUUCAAAAAAAAACAAACAAACACAACAGCUUAAUAGUCUUUAUGUGAAGUGUUAUAAUUUUAUUAAUGCCUUUUGUUAUGUACAUGUUCAGAAA